AUGGCGGAGGACGGUGGCUCGGGUGGUGGCUCAGCCGCAGCCACCGUAAAAUCGAUAUUUGUUUACCCGAUCAAAUCAUGCCGCGGUAUCUCCCUUCCUCAAGCGCCCAUAUCUCCCACAGGGUUCCGGUGGGACAGGCAAUGGCUGGUGGUGAACUCCAAAGGCCGAGCUGUUACUCAGAGAGUUGAGUCGAAGCUCGCUCUUGUUCAAGUCCAGUUGCCGGAUGAAGCCUUUCGUCCCGAUUGGGAGCCGAAUAAACGUUCAUUCUUAGUGAUAAGUGCUCCUGGGAUGGAUGUGCUGAGUGUGCCAUUGGCGAAGCCUGCUGAGAAAAUCGAUGGGGUCUCUGUGUGGGAAUGGUCUGGUUCGGCUGUUGAUGAAGGACCUGUUGCUGCACAAUGGUUCUCGAAUUUUCUCGGGAAGCCCAGCAGGCUCGUUCGCUUCAAUGAUGCAUCAGAAGUAAGGAAUGUGGACCCUGCUUACGCGCAUGGAUACAGAGUUAUGUUUUCUGAUGGGUACCCUUUUCUCUUGCUGUCUCAGGGAUCGUUGAAUGCCUUAAACUCCCUUCUCCAAGACCCUAUCCCUGUCAACCGUUUUAGACCCAAUAUCGUGGUAGAUGGAUGUGAACCAUUUUCCGAAGAUCUGUGGACAGAGGUGCAGAUAAACGGGUCAACCUUCAAUGGUGUUAAAUUAUGCGGCCGUUGCAAGGUACCCACAAUUAAUCAAGAAACUGCAGUUGGCGGAUCUGAGCCGACUCAAACUCUGACGAGCUUUCGUUCUGAUAGAGUAUUGCGCCCAGACAAGAAAAAGCCUCAGGGGAAGGUGUAUUUUGGACAGAACAUAGUUUGUAAGGACUCCCUCAGUGAAGGAAAGGGAAAGAGCAUUAAAGUAGGAGAUCCUUUAUUUGUCGUCAAUGCGGUGUUGUCUGCUGCUGAUGCUGCUGCUUAA